CAUGAAGCCACUACAGAGGAGGCGGGAGCAGAAGAAGAAACACAUGCUGUAAACUGUCAGACCGGAUCGACUUUUCUUCUGAGGAGCUCAAAUAAACAACAGUUUCAGUGAUGCAGACACCCUCAUUGUUGAUGUUUGCAGCAGUUCUGGCGCUGCUGCUCAGCUCGCUGAGGAGUACAGAUGCGGACACCUUUCAAGGCGCUUUCCCACACCCAAACAAGUACAACCCACACGAAUCGGACAGAUGUCAGCUACCCGCCAUCACUGGACUAAUUUCCCGCGGGACGGCGCCCGUUAGCUCAACCGACGAAGUGCUGGAGUCCAGUCAGGAAGCGCUGCACGUCACGGAGCGUCGCUACCUGCGGCUGGACUGGUGCAAGACGCAGCCGCUCAAGCAGACCAUCCACGAGGAGGGCUGCCUGAGCCGCACCAUCAUCAACCGCUUUUGCUACGGACAGUGCAACUCCUUCUACAUCCCGAGGCACACUUACCAAGAGGGAGACGUCUUCCAGUCCUGCUCUGCCUGCAAGCCCAAAACCUUCAGCACCGUCACUUACACGCUUUUCUGCCCGGGUCAGACACCCAACACCAGGAAGAAACGGAUCCAGCGCGUAAAGCUGUGCCGCUGCACAACAAUCGAUACGGACUAGACGCAGACGAACAAAUCCCAGUUCGAUAAUAUCUAAAAGUGCAGCUGUGCAGAUAUGAAAAACGGAAAGCGUAUGUUGCUUAAAGGACACAUGAGAAUGCGGUGGGAAUAAGAAGGUGAGGAACGUACCUGAGCCUUUUUUACCAUUAUACAGAAGAGAAUAUAGUAAUUUACCAGUAUCUGUUGACAGACAAAUUAUGUAAGUGGUUGAUUCCCUGCAUUUAAUGAUUUAUCACACUGUCCAGAUAUUUUGUCAAUGAUCAGUCAUUGCUUCCACGCAGUCAGUUUGUAUGCGUGCUAGCAGAGUUGGAGGACUUGUUGCCCAAAGGUUUUAGAUGCACGGACUUUGCCAAAGUUUAGGGUUUAGUUAAGUGAACUGAUGAUCUUGAGGGCCAAUGAGAGCAUGUUUAAGCUUAAGGCAGGCUGGUUUGUAACCAUGUAUAGUGUCAUUUUUUGAUGACAUGCAGGCUAACGGAUGUGCAACGUUUGUGCCCUAUCAAAAAGUGGUUAAAGACGCAACUUCAGAGGACUGGGAUGGUUGUAAUGUUUCCACUGUGUGGGAUGUAAAGCUAAAGGCUUUCAUGAUAUACAGUUUUUUGUUGUUGUUGUUGUUUUUUUUACAACCUGCACUACAACAACCGCAAUUCCAAAUAAAUAAAUCAGAAUCCUUUUUUACAUAUAGUCAAUUAAAAACAGCACAAAGACAAUAUGUUUGA